AAUGCAACGAGUAGCUCCAAUCACUAUCAAAGAGCCUUUCAUUAAGGUUGUGAUUCCUAAAUAAUCAUCUUAACCUAACAUUUCUUCUGAAUAAAACAAUUUCUUUCAUAUUGCUCCCAAAUUUCAACAAUAGCGUUUGACUAUUAAAUAAACUGUGCCAACUUCCAAAUCAAUUGAAGAGAAACGUUAUAAAUAACAUAAAAACAAUAUCUCAGAAAACACUAAUAAUCGUACUAAUAGUAACUCCAAAAGUCGUGUAAUUGCCACUAUAUAAAAUGAAGAUGAUUCACUUCAAACUUCUGAAAAUGGUUUAAAAUUAAGAAAAAUUGUUGGUGAUAGUCAUUUGUUUUCAACCAAUGUUCUUUAGCAACUGUAAUCCAAAUUUCAUUAUUUAGAUCUAAAUAGAAUCUAAAUACCCAUCUCACUAAUGAUUCUCAAAGUCCAGGAUAAAGGAAACCUAUCUAGAUAAAUCAAGAAUUACAUAAUCUUAAUACUUAAAUCUAAUCAAUUAUCAUUAAGAAAAAAUAUCAUACCAAAUGGGAAAUUUAUAAAGAAUUAUUAUUAAAAUAAUGCAAUCUAUUAAAUGUAUACAAACAUUAAUUCAUUCAAUCUACUUCAUUUAAUGAUAUAUCUGUUAGAAUUAUCAAUAAUUUAUUUGAAAUGAUGAAUAAUAUAUCAAUUGAGAUCUUAUGUGAUUAAGAAUCUAAAUUCAAUGAAAUUAUUGAAAAAAUCAAUCAAGAAAAAGAAUUAUGUUUAAAUAAUUGUAAAAUGAUAGAAAAAGAAAGAGAUAUAUUAAUUUAAACACUUAAUCAACUUAAAUCACCAAAAUAAUCAACAAAUACAAAUUAAAUUGAUAGUAUGGAUACUGGCUAAUUGUAACAAAUGCAAAAUGCAAUGUAAAUUAAAUUAUAAGAAAUGAAUGAAAAAGAAGCAAAAUUAAUCAAAUUAGUUUUAGCAAUUAAAAGAAGUGGAAUCGAUAUUGAAAAAAUAUACAAUGAAGAAGUACUUAAUGAUGACAGUGCAGUUGAACCAAAUGAUAAAUAUCAUGGAGUUAAACAUUAUUAUUUUGAAAAAAAUGAACAUGAUGCUGAUAAUUCUGUUGUUAAUGACUCUGAUGAAUCUAGUUUUUGCUUUCUAAAUAGAUUAGAAAAUGAUUCCAUCUUAGAUAGCCUUCGAUAAUAUUAGUACAAAUGCAAUAACAAUCUCGAUAAAAAAACAAAUAAUGUAAAACUUAAAUUAGAUCUAUCCAAUUUAUAAUAAAAAUUCUAAUCAACCUAACUUAAAUAAUAAAAUAAUAAAUCAUAAUCAUCAUAAAUACUAUAAAAUAAAUAGUCAAAGCUUAAAAUAUCUGAAAAUUUAGGUUCUACAGGCUUUCAUUAAGAAUUUAUGCACAAAUUAAAUGAAUUCUCUGAAAGUUGGAGAAUUUAAGCCAUAAAAGAUGAAAAAAGAACUAAAUCUUGA